AUGUUUAGCAGUGAAAGUAUGUAAGAGCAUAUUUUGUAUGACAAAAUCUAUUAAUACCUAUGGGUUAAAUCAGAGACAGCCAAUCCUCCUGCAAUUCUUAUUCCUGAUACUGUCAUUCUUAUUCGUUCUAUGCCCAUUUAUUGGUAUUACACAGAUAAAGAAACUGGAGAAAUAAAAAAGAAAAUGAGAAAGAAUGUUACUAAACAAAAUAUUAAAUAAACUUGGAAUCAAUAAGUUGGCAGAGGUGGUGUUGUAGCAUACCUUUUACAUUUUAUGUAUGCGUUGUUCCCUACUAAUUUGCAAGUGAUAAUUUAGAUCUUAAUUACCCUCCAGAAAAGUUUCAAAUCAGUGGCUAAAUCCAAGUGAUAUACUUUGAUAUUGAAGGAUUCAAUAAAUUUAUGGAUGGACAUUUUGAAUUACCAUUUGGUAUUCUUUAACAAUUUAUUGAACCAGCUGAUGAUCGCAAUUGUAAAUUAACAUGUUAUUAUUACAUAGCACAAAUUCAAGCAUUCUGGAGUAAAUCAGUUACUCUAUUCACUAAAAGAGUUUGCAAGAAAUCAUUCACUAAUAAAUCAAUGAAUAUUUAUGAACGACAUUGUACUUUUGAAGGACCUGAAUAUUUCAGUGAAGCAAGUAUCAUCAUCUUCUUCAUAGUUUAUUCAAGCUUAAGUUAAAGAUUUCUAAUCUUAGAGAAUCUCUGAACAAAUAGAUAAAAUGAUCUCUCAUCUUGAUGCUAUUUCUUAUGGAAAAUUGAAUAUUUCAUAAGGCACUUUCUAUUUCAAAGUAGAUAAAAAAGCUAGAUGUUGGUUCCUUUUUUGUGGUAAUCUCAAAUUUGAAGAUGAUAAACAUCUAAAAAAUCUACCUAAAGAUCUCUAUACUCAAUCUUAAAUAAAAGUAUUAUAUCAUUUUAUUUAUUAAGAUACCUAAAUCAAUUGAUAAUUUGAUGUCUGUAUACAAUUCAAGACCUCUAUAAUUGAAUAGAGAACAUAAAUGUAUUAGAUGCGGUUAAUUGGAGAAGGGAUCAAACUUUGUAGAAGUUCCAUAUCACUUUUUAAUUGAUUUACCUGAAAAUCCACUUCCUGUUGAAAAGUGGCCACUCGAUAUUAAGAAAUCAGCCAAGUAAGUCAAACUUAGUGGUGCUAAUCAAGAAAAGCUUGCUUAUGUCAAUACUAUAUCCUAAAUCCCAAUGACUUUCUAAAAAAUACAUGAACAAAUAAACAUUUAAAACUAUCAAGAAUUCAAAUAAUCUUAAGGAUUUAAGUAUAAAACAAUCACAGUUUGUUUAGAUUGUUAUUUUAUAAUGGGUAUAAAUAUAUAUAUAUAUAAUAUAAAUAGUUGAAAAUUAGGAAAGAAUAGCUAUGCAAGAAGUUACAUCAAAAGAGAAAACAAAUAUGCCAAGAGUGAAAUCUAAAUAAUUUUAAAGGAAAGAACAAAAUCUUAAUCAAUUUUUAAAUUCAACUCAAUUAUUCAAAUAAGUUAAAUCUGUAAAAAACUUUAAAAUGAAAGAAAUACCUUCAUAAACACCCAUUACAAAACAAAAUACAAUUUAAAAGUAUGUAAAUUUAAGAUUAAAUAAUUGUAAAUCAGUAACUCCUAUAAAAUAUUCAAUCGAAAUGCCUUCUACUGCUGAUUAUUUAUCUAGGAAUACUAAAUCUACCUACUAAGAUUUGAGUUCAACUUAUAAAUUCAAAAAUAGUAGAGAAAAUUACAAUUAAUCAUUGUAGGAAAGAUAAUAAAAUAGAUUGAUAGAAAUAAAGGAUGAAUAAGAAUGAU